AGAGAGAGAGAGAGGAGAAGAAACAGUAAAGCAUUCAGUACUGGAGGAGCCGUUUGCUUGUACUCAAAAUUCUCUAUCGAAGCCAAACUCAAAAAUCUGGUCCAAGUUUUCAUCCUUUGAUGAGAAAGUAGAAGAGAAGCUUACCCAGUGGCCAGAUAUGGGCAGAGAUUGGUUCUACUGGGGGGGCGGCGGAAAAGCCGCAAAGGGCGGAGGAGGAGGAGCUCAGAGAGACGAGCCGCCCUCCGGCUGCAUGGCCGCCGUCUUUCAAAUCUUCGAUUUCCGUCAGUUUCAGUUCGCUUUACACCAGCAAGUACCCUCUUUCAAGACUGACUCUUUCCUUCCAGAAGAAUCCGAUGAUGUGCUCAAAGGAGUGGAAGCACCGAGGAACAGCUUGGAGAUGGAGGCUGCUUCCUUUCCGUCCACCUUGAAAGAAAAGGAGGAAAUUACGCUAGAUAUUCCAAUGGGUAUUCAAAUCAAAACAAGUGGCGGCACUGUUAGAUCGAAAGACGGAGCUUCCAGAGCCAGAACGGAUCAUGAUUUAUCCUCAGAAUACAGCAGCUCUCCCGGAGCCAAAACUCCCAAUCUUGUGGCCAGAUUGAUGGGUCUCGAUCUUCUUCCUGAAACUCCCUCUCCCUGUUCUUCAUCUUCCCUGAAAAACUUUCCAUCAAACCCUUAUCUUCAAUGUCCAAAACAACUCGUUCAAAAGCGGCAAAGAAGCAGCUCUGCUACAUUCGAAUACAACGACAUAAUUGGAAGCCGGUCGUUGCCGGAAACACCCAGAAUAUCAUCGGCCAGAAGAUCGGACGUCGAUCAUCACAGGCUUUCGCUGCAAAUCAACAAAGAGAACUUUCACAUGGGCGGAAGCGAAGCGUACUCAGAUUUCUAUGCGAGGCAGAUUGUGAAGCAAGUUAAAGAGAGUGUCAGCAGUAGAAAAGCCGGCCUGGACAUUACUAACACCAUGACCAGGAACAGAGAUUAUGGUCCUGAUCAUGCUGUUUUGCUCAAAUCAAAGAAAGGGUCCAAGAAUUCAGUGAAAGUGAUCAGUGAUGAGGCAAGACCAACCAGUAAGCAAUCAACGCCUUCUUGCUCGCCCAGGCUUAGGUUUCAUGAACUGAAGAACGAGCCUGGACCAGCCAUUAAAGACCAGCUCAGUGGCCACUCUCCGAAACUGUCGCCAUCACCAUUAUCUUCUUCAUCAGUUGAUGUUCAAUCCCAAUCAGGUAAAGUUUCAUCUGCUUUGGUAGAGCAGAAGAAGAUGCAGCGCUACCAGCCAAAUCCGGACCAGGUCAAGGCCAGGAAAAGUAUGGCAACUCUGAAAAGGAACAAGCAAGAGGAGCCCUUUGUUCGGCCAUCAACAACAGGUAGAGCAAGCCUCUCGGAGAAGAAGUGCAAGAAAACUCCUUUGUCAAGUGAGCUUCUCAACGUUAAUGGCCCUACCCUUUUCCCUGCCCGGAAAGAUUCUUCUUCUUCAUCAACAAAAGUAGCCCAAAAUCAGGUGCAGAAGCAGGCCGAGGCAUCAGAGACUCUUUCAUCGAAAAGGAGCACACAGUUAUCUUGUUGUGCGAGCCAGCGGACGUACGCCAAGCAAGAAGCCUCCCUCACGCCCCCCACCACCUGCGGCGACAGCUCUAACGGCGCCACCACCAGCUGUGGCGAGGAAUUCCACUACAUCUCCAAGAUACUGAAACGCGCCGGCUUCAUCAACACCCCGCUGUCCUUCUCCAAAUGGUACUCCCCAUCCCACCCUCUCGACCCUUCCAUCUUCCAACACCUCGAGCUCUUCUCCCCGGCCGCCGAGGCCGGAAACUCGCCGUUGACCCACCGGUGCAACAGAAAGCUAAUCUUCCAUCUCGCCGAUGAAAUUCUAGCCCAAAUCCUGAAACCUAAUUACAUGCAAAAACCAUGGGUUUAUUACAAUCAUCAUAUACUUGGGUCUGAAUUGAUCCAAAAACUAUGCUCAAGAAUCAAAAGCUUCCCCUCCGUGAAUUGCCAAGUUCUGGAAGACAUCGAUGGUUUGAUCGAGAAAGAUCUGUGUAGAUCAGAGCUUCAAGGGUACUCAUCCAUGGCGCCAUGGGAAGACGAAAGUGAGGCCAUAGUUGCGGGGGUCGUAGGUGGCAUUGUGGAGAGCUUAGUGGUUGAAACGGCCGUGGAAUUUGCGCAAGAGAGCUGGGGCGCAAUGAAUAAUUUAAUUAUUAUGUGACCAUAAUAAUAAUACUGUUAUGCUGUACAUAUUUAUUUGUUUCUUUUUUUUUUUUUAAAGAAAAAGAAAUAAAGGGCGGGGGAGACAAGGUCAGGGUCGCACUG